GCGGCACUGAGCGUCGGUAUUUUUGUGGCGGAACUUAUUUUCAUUUGUAAUUCUAAAUUUAAUUCAUUUUAAUCAAUGUUUAUAGUGUUAUUUGCAAGAUAAUUUGUGAUAACGUGUGUGAAAAACGCAGUGAUGGUUACUGUGGGCUGGUUCUGCUCUUUUCGAUGUAUAAAAGUAUGAUGGCGCGUGUUUGACUGUGUUACUGAGUGCUUUCUCGUAACAAAUUAGGACUUUGCUCGAACGAUAUUUGAGCGCUAAUAAUUCUAGUUAAUAUUCCUGUGUCUGUGUUAUUUAACCUUUCUGAAUUUGAUGUUGUGACAAUUAUAUCUGGAAACAUCGUUGUGCAAAAAAGGAUAUUAAGUUUUCGAUGUACUGUGGCUCAAUUAUGCACCAAGGAGACCGCCAAUCUGACGAUUUGCCUGGUGCAAAUAGCAAUCACUGACGCCACUAAACUGUACAGCGACGAGAAAACCAAGUGAAGUGCUUGGAGACGGGCGUAACCUGUUUAUAUUGGUUCGCCGUCACAUUUCUCAUUGAAUUAUUCUCAACAUUAUGAAAUUGGAAUAAAAUAUUCGCAUUUGUGUCGAUACGUGCGAUGUUCCAUUUUAUUACGUCAGACGCGUAUAGAAGUUGUUAGAUCCAUCUAAAGAUAUAAGAAUGGACGAAUCUGAGGAUAACAUGAGCUCUGAGGAUCUGAAGUCUUCUGACAGCCCCAUUACUGUCAAAGCAAAACCAAAGAAAAGGUCACUGAUCGAACGUGAACUUGAGACAAAUUUGACUGCUAGAGUAACUUCACCGGUGUCCACGUGUGAUGGAACCAGCACUAGCCGUUAUGGCAGAGCCCGUCGCCUCAAAUCUGAGAUUGAGCAAUCUGAUACCAAGAAAGCGACUACUGAUCUAAAAUCUCCAUUGUCCGAGAAAUCUCCAGUUAAGGUUCCAUCUCCAGUUUACAAGAUGCAUGCAUCAAACUCUCCUCUAAGAUCUGAACAGCCAAAAACAAUUGGAGUAGAAACUUUUUUGGAGAAUCAAAUUGAAAGUAUUUAUCAAGAGAACAUAUCUUUGAGCCGUUUUGCCACUGAGGAAGUUAAAAAGACAAGUCCAUCUCCAGCUAAAAAAUUCCCUAAGGUUUAUAUAAGGACAGACUUAAUUCAGAAAAGGGAGGCUGAUGAGAAUGUUACAGUUAUAAAGGACAUGUUUUCGCCAGGUAAAAGUGCAAGCAAGUCUUCCAAUACCCAUUUAAAUAACAUUCUAGAAAGGUCCUCAGAGAGGUACAAUAUAGCAUCCAAACAGCAGAAUGGAUUUUUAGACAAUUCCUCUGUUGUUAAAACUCUGGAUUUUGACAGUAAAAAGAAGAAAAAAGACAGUAAGGUUUGUCUUUCAAAGAGUGACUUGUUUGAUUUAGAAGCCAAAUGUGCUUACCAAGUGGGAGAUCUAGCCUGGGCCAGAAUGGGAACCUAUCCAUUCUGGCCGUCCAUUAUAACCAGAGACCCAGCAAAUGGGAUUUUUGUUAAAAAGAAAUUAUUUGGCCGUAUAGAACGUGACGUCAUUCAUGUUACUUUCUUCGGCGAUAACGGACGCCGUGGAUGGAUUGUGGAUACUAUGCUUCGGAAAUACCUUGGUCAGCUAGAGUUUGAGACUACAAGGGAAAACUUUACUCCUGAGGACAAGAAAAAAGAUCCGAGGCUGUAUGCAGCAUUUUUUGUGUCAGAAAAGAAACAAGCUCUAUGGAAUACUUCUGUGGAAGAAGCGGAGAUGCUGCUGAGAGAGCCCAAGAGAUUGAGAAUAGACAUCUUCAAUGAUAUGCUAGAAAAGUCAAGGUCCAGAGCAAAACAACAAAAGAGUGGUAAAAUUAGUAGGACAGACAGUGAUGUAUCUUUAAGUGAGAGUUUAUAUGAUAGCUUGUUCUCUGAAGACGAUGGUAAGGCAGACAGCACGGAACGUUCUAGAAACAGGACAAGGAACAAGUCUUUAGACGUUUUCGAAGUUGUCACAGCUUGCCUCGACAAUAUGGCCGCCAAAACUGGCAUCACGAAGAUCCAAAGACAGUCUCACAUGGACAGGUGGCUACAGAAAGCCAAGUCAAAAACCCCAGAGAAAACACAGGCGAAAUCACAAGUUCCUCAAAUGAAAUUAGAUGAUAAGAAAGAAACAAAAGUUAUUAGUUCUAAAAAGAAGAAGAGUUUGUCUCGAGUUGCUGUCAAAAAGCCUUAUAGUUUAAGAAAAUCUAUGACAGAAUCCCAGACUCUGUUGCCUUUUCAAAAUGAACAUGAUUAUAGUAAAGUUGAGGCUACAGAUUCAGAUCAUAACUCUACUGAUACUGAUAGCUGUAAGAAUUUAGCUGCACAAAAACUGACUGAGAAAGGUAAUGUAGAUGACCCUAUUGUUGUAGAUAGUCAGAGUAGUGAACAUGAAACUGAAGAAAGCCAAGCUGAUACUGAAGAAGUCAAUGCUAAAGAAACAGCAACAAAAGUAAAUGGCAAAUGUGAUUCUGACGUUGAAACUAUUAAUGAUGAUUCCCAGGAUCACGUUAGUAUUACAAGUACGGCUACGUCGCCUUGUAAAACAACAGACGAUGAACAAACACCAAAACAAGACGACAAAGAAAAAGAGCCAGCUUUUGAAAAUGAUGAAACCACAAAAGCCACGGUUAUUGACAGAGAUCAAGCAAUGAGUCCAGUAUAUGAAGAUUCAUUUGAUGAAAACAGUCAACAUACAGACAGCCAAAUUGAUGAGAGUGAAAAAUCGAGUGCUGAAAAGAAGCCAGAGUCUGUUGAAACAGAUUCGCAAGAUGAAAUAACAAAUGAUACAAUAAGCACUGAAAGAAGUUGCAUAUCUAUGAAUGAGGACAGUGAUUAUAAACCUCAAAAUUGUACUGAAUCUGAAGAUGAUAGUAUGAACGCUGAUAUUUUAACUGACGAUAGUAUAGAAAUGGUCAGCCUCGGUGAGGAACCCUCUAAAUCUAAUAAUGGUAUAGAUUUAUUGAGGGUUCAAGAUAAUAGUGAGAACGACGCAAAAGAAAAUAAAUUUACAACAAUUAAUAAAUAUCAUUCUCCCGAAAACAGAGAAAAUGAGGUUUUUAAUCUUAAUAUUAAAUCUAACAAUGCAAUAUCAAUAUCAAUCGAAUCUAAUAAUAGAAUGACAAGUAUGAAUAUUGUUGAAACUCUCAAAGAUGCUAAAGCAAUGAAUGGGCAUGUCAGCGUCAAAGAAGUUGAUAUGGAUGUCGAUGAAGUUCACCUUCCUAGUCCUAAACCUCAAAUUGUCGAAAAUGGCUUCCAUGAUGCAGAGAAACAUAUGAAUGGCGAUGUUGAUUCAGAUGUCAUAUCUAUCCAUUCAGAAGAUAGUGUAUCCUCUACAAAGUCAGAUGGAAGACGGAAAUUACGUUCAAGACAAAACAAGAAUCAGGACAGACCCUUAGAAAAUCCAGAAUUCGUGAAAUAUCUUGAACUAAGACAAGAUGCGAUAAUGGAUGAGAAUCCAGAAUUGAAUCAAGAUGAAAUAGUAGCUUAUUUAUAUAAAACUUGGCUCUAUGAACAAAAUUCUAAAUCAGAUGAUAAGAAAACCGAGGAUCUACGAGAAUUAAAUCUUGUCAAAGGACUUAACCCAGAGCCAAUGGAGAAGAAGAAAGCGAAAGAAGUUGAUCAACCGAAACAAAGACAUUCACAUAGGAAAAAUUUAAGCCUAAACAGAAAUAUCAUGCACAGAUUUUUGCAAAGAAAAACUAGAGAAAAGCCGGUAGUUGAUUCGAUAACGGACAGUGAUACGGAAAGUGUUAAAGACGUUGAUUCACAGUCAGAAGAAGAAUCGCCUAGAUAUAGUCCUAUAUUAAGUAAAGCAGAUAUUGAAAUGCAAACUGAUACACAAAGGUCAAUGGAAGAAAAAAUAGCUGAAGAUCGUUCACAAGAUGAAAUUAAUAGAAUAGAUACAAUAGCGGUAAACAACCCACAUACAAGUAAUAUAGUAAAUGAGAGCAUACAGACUGACAAAAGUGCAUCACCCGUAACAGUUAUUGAAGUUCAAAAUAAACAAAUCGAUGAAACUGAGAUUGCGUUAGGGUCACGUGUUGUCGCUCCGAUAGAUGAGCAUAUCAACGACGAUGAAAAUGAAAAGAUGAUAGAAAAGGAGCUAGAAACAAUACUUUCAAAAGCUGAUGACGUCAAUAAAGAAAUACAACCAAUAGAACCGUCGAACGCAGUACCAGUAACACUGCCUGAAGAACCAGAUGAUAGGCUUAAAAGCGAUUGUGAUACAGAAUCUCUUAAUUCAUUAGAUAGUGAAACACCUCUUAUUAAAUGCAAGCUACGCUCCAAAAGCAAAAGAAAUAAUUCACAAGAUGUAAAACCCAGAGAUGAUGAAGACACCAUGUCUAUUAACUCUGAAGGAAGCGAAGUAUCAACAAAACGCAAAAAGAAAUCUCAAAAGAGAGUAGAAAACGCCCUUGACGACCCUGAAUUCGUUAAGUACUUAGAACUAAGACAAGAUUCUUUGAUAGACGAGAACCCAGAACUAUCCCAUGAUGAAAUCGUCUCUUAUCUGUAUCAAACGUGGUUAUAUGAAGAAAAUACAAAAUCUGAAAUUAAAAAGAAUGACGAUAUAGAACAAUCUGGUUUAGUUAAAGGCCUCAAAGAACCUGUACAACAACAGCCCAAGAAAGUUAAACGUAAAGCUAAAACUGAUAAAGAAUCAGAAAAAGAGACCGAUGAAGAUGCCACGGUGAAAGAUAAACCAAGACGGAAAGUGGUAAAGCCUUAUUAUAAUGAAGAAUUCUCUGAUGUCGAAGAAGAACUUGAAGUCUUUCCAAUAUUUAAUCCAAACCAACAGAGACUCAAUGAAAACGGAGAAACAACUGAACCAAUACACGAAGUAAAUGACAUUGAUGAAGUAGAACUUUACUUCGAAGAACUAGCACGGCCGAAACCUAAUGUUUUCAAAGGACUUAUCAGAGAGAAAGUUUGCGAACUAUGCGAGAUGACUGGAAACCUAGUCAAGUGCAAAGGCUGCAAUGGAAUGUUUCACGUAGAAUGCGUUAGUAAAGAAGUUGUAGAAGUUGAAACUCCAGCCCCGACUAGAGGGAGAAAGAAGAAGAAGAGGCCAGGAAGGAAACCUAAGAUCUCCGAUGAAUUCGACAGCCAAGACGAUAAUACUCAGAAUGUCUCCGAAGAAAACGCGUCAAUAGAAGAAAUUUUAGAAUCAGAAUCUCAUACGGUCGACGCGGAAACUUUAGAAGCACAAAUCGAGGCUAAAAUGAAAGAGCUAUUGGAAAACGAGAAGAUCGAUUACGAUUCUUAUUCGAGUGACGAUGGCUGCGAUUGGAGUGAAACGAUACCAGGAAAAUGCGAGAUAAUCGAUAUAAAACUAAAACCGAGACGUUCAAAUGAGGUCGAUUAUUCGAAUUUCAAAUGUAAAAAUUGUCAAAAGUAUGAUGUGCCAGUGUGUUUUGUGUGUAAAUCUGCUGUGUCGAAGAAUGAAGAGACUUUGAGACAGAAAUGUCACGUUGCUCAUUGUCAUAAGUACUAUCAUUUGAAAUGUUUGGAUCAUUGGCCACAAGCUCAGUUUAAUGGAGGCGAACCAUCGAAAACUAAUAAGAAAAUUAAUGAGUAUUUCGAAGCGCUAACUUGUCCAAGACAUGUCUGCCAUACUUGUGUGUCUGAUGACCCGCGCGGUUGUAAAACGAGGUUCAGUGGUGAUAAGUUAGCGCGAUGCGUUCGUUGUCCAGCAACGUAUCACUCGUUCACAAGAUGUCUUCCCGCUGGUACGCAGAUUUUGACCGCGUCUCAUAUUAUAUGUCCAAGGCAUUAUGAGCAUAGGCCCGGCAAAGUACCGUGUCACGUGAAUACAGGGUGGUGUUUUAUUUGCGCGCUGGGCGGUUCACUUAUCUGCUGCGAGUACUGUCCUACAUCCUUCCACGCCGAAUGCCUUAAUAUUAAGCCGCCUGAAGGUGGUUACAUGUGCGAAGAUUGUGAAACUGGACGCUUGCCGCUGUACGGAGAAAUGGUGUGGGUAAAAUUGGGACAUUAUAGAUGGUGGCCCGGUAUAAUUCUACAUCCAUCGGAGAUACCUGAAAACAUAAUGGCGGUUAAACACAAUCUCGGAGAGUUCGUGGUACGAUUCUUUGGCCAGUACGAUCACUACUGGGUCAAUCGAGGACGCGUGUUUCCUUUCCAAGAAGGUGAUUCCGGACGUAUAUCAAGUCAGAAGUCGAAGAUCGACGCUGCUUUCACCACAGCUAUGGAACAUGCGCAGAGAGCCUGCGAAAUAUUGAAAGCUGCACAACCAAACGAGGAAGAAUCCCUAGACAUAGCAUCCUCCCUCUUACCUCCUCACUACGUGAAGCUGAAAGUGAACAAACCGUGUGGAUCUCUCUGCGGGAGGAAGCUUGAGGAUCCUGAGAGCUCCCUCACUCAGUGCGAGUGUAACCCUAACGAUGACGAUCCUUGUGGACCUUACUCGCAGUGUUUGAAUAGAAUGUUACUAACGGAAUGCGGGCCAACUUGCAAGGCGGGCGAUAGAUGCAAUAAUCGCGCCUUCGAGAAGAGACUGUACCCAAAGUUAGUGCCUUAUCGGACUCCCAGUAGAGGAUGGGGCCUUAAGACGUUGGAGGAUAUUAAAGCUGGACAGUUCGUAAUAGAAUACGUCGGCGAGUUAAUAGACGAGGAAGAGUUCCGUCGGCGCAUGCGCAGAAAGCACGAGAUCAGAGACGAAAACUUUUACUUUUUAACGUUGGACAAGGAGAGAAUGAUCGACGCCGGACCCAAGGGAAAUCUAGCUAGGUUUAUGAACCAUUGUUGCGAGCCAAACUGUGAGACGCAAAAAUGGACGGUGCUCGGCGACGUACGAGUUGGAUUGUUCGCUCUCUACGAUAUACCAGCUAACAGUGAAGUGACAUUCAACUACAACUUGGAGUGCGCCGGCAUUGAGAAGAAACGGUGUAUGUGUGGAGCCAAGCGGUGCUCUGGUUACAUCGGGGCCAAGCCUAAGCAGGAAGAAUCUCAUUCGAAAAAACCAAAACUACCCGGCAAACGGACAUACAAGAAACGAAAACCGGCAGAGGAGUCGCCUUCAACGAAAAAUAAGCCAAAAAGACCAAUCGGGCGCCCUCCUAAACCGAGAGAAUUGACAGAAAUUGAAAAGGACCUCCUAAUUAUAAGAAAUGCGACCAAUGGGAUAUCUAGCGACGAAUCAACUAGAAGUCUUAGCUCAGACUACGAAAGACAUCCGAAGGCCUUGAAAAGGAAACGGGUUAGCUUCUCAACUGAGGAAAUUAUUUUAUAUGACGGCUCAGAGUCCCCUAGCGUCAAAAAACAUAAACUAGAAGAUCGAACCGACGUUGGAGAUUGAAAAACAUUACUGUUAAUCUAUAGGAAAGAGAAAGCUAAUUUUUAUAUAGCGUUCUCUUUUCCACAGAUUAUUAUGUACUGCUUAAUAAGAGUGCAAGAAAGAGAUAGCUAAUUUGUAUAUAGCUGUCUCUGUUACACAUGAUUUUGAUGUUUUGAUUUGAAUGCAGCUUGAUUUAAAAGUUAAUCUGCAUACCUAUUAUAUUUAUCGGAAUAUGUUAAUUGUUAGUUGUAUACAUUAUGAUGUUGGUAUGUGUUGGUUUUGAUAGUAAUAUGUGUAUAUAUAUAUAUAGAGUUCUAUUUAAAAAUGGUAAGGACGCACACUAAGAUGCUUCCAAUUUAAAAUUAUCUUAUGAAAUUUAAUUUCAGUAAUUUAUUCUAAGUCAACUUAGUUUUUCUUCAGUGUUGGAAUCCUAGUUAUGAAGAAUAUACUACUUAUUUUUUCUAACUUAUUCUUUUUAUCUUUUUUUUUGAUGACUCUAUGCCCAGCUCAGGCCCACAUGCUAUUUAUUUCUUUAUUUAUUUUUAAUUCCUUGUGCUCGAAACCUAUAUGGAUGGACAUAAUACCAGUAGGCCUACCAUGACGUGUUUAAACGUCAAUCUUCCGGGCGAGAAAGAGGGAUGGCGCUAUAGAAGGUGUAUAGCUCCAUCCCUAUUACUCGCUCAUACCCAUAUAUGUAUGGUGGUAGGCAUAGUAGGUGCAUUAUUGUAGGUAUACCAUAAAAUUUCCUUUAGUUUUGAUUUAGUAUAGUGGCUUAU